GUUCAAGCGCGCAUAGAUCCAAGUACAGGAUUUCCGACUGGCGGUAACAGAUGGAACUGCGGAACCUGGAUGGAUAAGAUGGGCUCAUCAGAAUCUGCCGGCAACAAAGGGUUACCUGCCACCCCACGUGAUGGUGCUGCUGUCGAAUUAGUUGGACUAGCUUAUGCAGUUGUUACGUGGCUAGCAAAAGCGCAUCAUGGAAACGAAUAUUACUACCCACAUGCUGGAGUCAAGCUUGCAAAUGGUUAG